AUGCUUCUAGCGUUAAGUUGUUCAGCUGAGGAGUGGCCUCCAUUCUGCGCUGAUUUAGUCUUCGAAUUAUACUCUCGUAGGAAAUCUUCCGAUCCUGCUGUUGCCACCUCCCAUUCGAAGGAAGCGUCUGUCAGUUCUCCCUUGACCGAGGACCUCUGGCUACGCGUUGCCUAUCUUGGCUCCAUGCUACCCCUGGCUCGAAACUGGGGUCUGCAAGUCAGCAACGGCCAAGCCAAAUCUGGUAACACAGUGUAUACAGACUUAUCUGACGACGAUUGCUUGGUCCCACUGACGGAGUUACUGCGACGCUGGAAGGAUAAGGCUAUUUCGCCGGAGCGAUACACUAAACUCUGCCGUAGUUAUGCUCACGGAAACCCGACUUCUACUGGCCUGGGCCCUAAGACCAUAUGA